AUGGCUAGGCAGAACAGGCAAGGCAGCAAGAAACGUGCGUUUCGUGAAUUUCGGGGUCCAGUGAGAGUUCCUGGAGGCGGCCUCACGGGGCCCUCCUCCUCCCCCAGAGGUUCCCCUGGCGAGGAGCAACCCCCCUUUCUUGCUACCCUAGAACCUGCAUCUGCAGCAGGCUUUAUUGGGGGGUAUAAUGCAAGCCGUCCCUCCCCCCCCAGAGUAUGGACUGCGCUCUGCUCCUUACAGCGCCUCCAGAAGAGGAGGCAGAAGGAUCCUCCUGUGCCUUUCCUCCCCUCGCUGCCCGCCUUCUACCAUCCUCACCCUUUGAAGCUGCAGCAAGAGCAGCAGAAACAGCAGCAACACGCAGAGGAGGAGCAGAGAGUGGGGCCCCUUCCCGAUAAGCUCCGUAGGGGCCUCGCAUUCGCUCUUCGAACUCUAGAAAAAGAACCGCAGAAGCCAAAGCCUUCCCAUCUCGCAUUGUUGCGCCUCGUGCUGCAGCACGAGGCUACAGAUGUAUACACCAUAGCGGCCAACCUGCCCGAGCAGAGUGGAAACCAGCCGCAGCAGCAGGAACAAGGUUCUGAGCAGGAUCUUGAGCAAAAGCACCUCCAACGCAGGAUGUUGCUGUCAUCCCCGUUCUUGCGGCGUUUAGAAGCGCUGCGCUUUCCCUCUUUGUUGCGGCUGUCUCCCCGGGAACUCAUGUUGCUGCUGCAACGUCGGGUGCAGUUGCUUUGUCCAGGGGGCGCAGAAGCUGCAGAAGGAGCAGCAACAGUGCUGCUUAGGGAGGAAGGGUGGACAGCAGCCGCUGUAAAGAAGUGGCUCCUCCAGAACCCCAAGGCCUUUAAAUCAAACCUUCCAAUAGACGAGGCAAUCGAUGCUGCGGCAGCGGCAGAUGGUGCAGCGGCGGAGGCUGCUGCCUCCGCUGCAACUCCCGAGGCUGCUGCCCUGGAGCCGCGUGCGAGCGCAGCAGCUGUACGUACAGCUGACGCUGCUGCAAAGGUUGCUGCCGAGGCCCACAGAACCGCAGCAGCAGCCUGUAUGAGGGAACGUCUUGCACGGUGGAAGCAGCUGGGGUUCAGUAGCGCUCAGCUGCAGCAAAUGGCACUGCAGCGGCCGCAGCUGCUGCAGCAGCAGCAGCCGGAAAAAAAGCUGAAACACAUCUUCAAAGUCUGGUUGCAGGUCCUUUCGACGAGGCCCUUCUUCUGGGGAGGGGAAGACGAUCCUCUUGUGCAGCAGCAGCAUCAGCAGGAAGAAGAUCAGCAGCAGCAUCAGCAGGAAGAAGAUCAGCAGCAGCAGCACGAUGACCAACCGAAGGAAAACAUCCAGUGGCUUCCCUGGUGGAAAGGCGAAGGCCCUCCACCUCCAGUUGAGCAGCAGCAGCAGGAGCAUCCGAAAGCUUCGGCUGUUGGGGGGCCCCCUCCGGGGGGCCCUUUGCUGGUUCCCCAGGGUGACGGACUCCUGUUGAAAGAGGUUUUCCCAGGUGAGGAGGAGGCAGCAGCAGCAGGAGAAGAAGCGGCGGCAGCAGCUCGUGCAGCUGCAUUGGCUCGACUGGAGCAGCAGUCUUCACGAGUUCAGGAAGCGCAGAAGCAGCUGCAAGAGCAACUGCGUCAGCUAGUGCUGCAGCACCCACGCCUGUUAAGUGUAGACCCUGAAGGGUCGCUUAAAGCAAAGCUGCUGUAUGUACAGAACUGCAUGUACACCCGGUUACAGGAGGUGCUGGAAUGGCCGCAGGCCCUGACCUACGGUCUGUACACCCGAAUAGUGCCGAGGCACCUGGCGCUGGUGAAUGAAUUUCUCAUCAGGACGCAUGCAGCCAGACGGCCGCACUCGAUCGAUGAGGGUGAAGAGGCUAAAGUAUACAGACAAUUUAGCCAAGACAGAAACCAGUGGAAAUUCAGGGAGCAACUACUGCAAGAGCAGCCCCUCCAUAUCGCUAGAAGAAGGCUGCAGCUGCUGCUGUUGCAGCAACAGCAGCAGCACUCUCAGCAAGAGCUAGAGGAGGCUAUUAACCGCGGCAACUCUCCUCUGUCUUCCAUGUUGGUCUUGCCACUAUUGCACCCCCAGCGGGGCUGGCGAGGUUUAGAGCCGUAUCAACCUCUGUGGUGUCCUCCCCUCCCUCCCCUUCGCCUGAUCCUCAGGAGUACAGACAGCGCCUUCUGCCAGGCAUUCCGCAUCCCGUACAGACGGUUUCUUGAGGCUAAGCAUGAUGCGCAACAAGUCAGGAACCCCCAAAGGCUUUUCUAG